GAAGAUCGGGCCCUUUCAUGGCUACAGAGGAUUGAGAUCGCUAUCGACUGUGCUAGAGGUCUCUGGUUACUUCACACUUACCCAGGACGCUCUAUUGUUCACCGCAAUAUCAAGGCAUGCCCUUAUUUUGGCUCUUUGUAUUCUAGUUCAUCGUUUCAACUCAUUUCCAAAGUUAUCAACUUGGGACAUUCAUUUGUGAGUUCAGAAGUGAGAGGAACGUUUAGUUAUGUGGAUCCUGAGUAUCAGAGGAACCACCAUGUAAAUGCUAAGGGGGAUGUCUAUAACUUUGGGAUAGUGCUGAUGCAAAUUCUAUCUGGACAGAAGCUGAUCAACAUGAAUCACAACACACGUAUGAAAGAAGACUUUUUGCAGGCUUAUAUAGCCGUCACGGGGAAUUUAUCAGAAUUUGGUGAUCCUAAACUUAACGGGGAGUAUUCUACUGAAGCGUUUGAGAUUCUAUUCAAGCUGGCCCUGUCAUGCUCAGGUUGUAAGCAGGACAGACAAGGUGGGAACAAGAUUGGAGAAAGCGCUAAACAUCUCAAUGAGAUCGUCGAGCUGACGAAGCAUCAUCACAUCUAA